AUGCCCGUGCGCACCGCUGACGACCCACUCGACGAGGUGCUCAAGCCACCUCCGGACGAGUCUCCAGAAGACCGUGCGGUAAGGCUGCAGAAUGAGGCAGAGGCAAAGAGAGUUAGCUUGGCUAUUGAUGCUAGCAUCAAGGCUGAACGACAUGCGAGGAGGAAAAAGAGGAUUGUGAGGCUGUUGUUGCUGGGUCAGAGCGAGUCUGGGAAAUCAACAACUCUACGACAAUUUCAACGACUGUAUACACCCACCGCCUUUCGCGAGGAACGUAUCCUCUGGCGCGCUGUUAUCCAACUCAACAUCGUCAGGUCAAUACGCACCAUCCUCGAUGCUUUGACCUUUCCUUCUUCAACCUCACCACACACAUCACCGUACUCGUCCCCUCGUUCAAGGGCCCGCACCAUCUCCCGGCCGCCAUUACCAAACCACCCACACGAGCAACACAACGGGAACGGGAACGACACAACACUAACCUUUGGCUCUUCCUCACCCCCGCGUGUCAGACACCACCACCACCACCACUCGCCCCCGUCCAACCCAGAUUCAGACGGAGACUCCGAGUCUGAUUUCGUUCAUCCCCACCACCACCCCCACUACCGCAGCCCACGCUCCACCUCCCCACUCACACUAGCCCAAAACACCCCCCUAGACGCACUAAAAGCGCGCUUGUUACCCCUGCGCCAUAUCGAGGCUCUCCUCAUCGCAAAACUCGUCCCGCCCAACGAGGAAGAGGCGACGCAUUUCGCUCGUCCUGGUCCCCCUGGUGUUGGUGUUGGUGCUGGAACGAGUGCAGGGUCUUCCUCCGGGGCGAGUUCUACGUCGGGUGGGACGGGGAACCACGCGUAUAGGAACCAAGAGAUUUUCGUUAGGCCUGGGACGGGGUGGAAAGGCGGUUUAGCGCGUGCUAGGGUUACUUAUCCUGGGUCUGGGUAUGGGUAUGGCGAUCAUCAUGACGGCGCGAAGCAAAAUAAAAACGGGAAGGGGAGUAGUGGUGGGAAUGGGACAAGACCGAUGAGCGCCGGUACCACGGGAUUAGAAACACAGGAUGAGCCGCAGGAGGUGUUGAAUAUGUGUAGGAGGGAUAUGAUUGCGCUUUGGAAUGAUGAGGGUGUUAGGGAGGUGUUGAGGAGGAGGAAGAUUAGGAUUGAGGAGGAGUCGGGGUUUUUUUUGGACGACCUGGAGCGCUUGACGUCGCUCAAGUAUAUGCCUACGGAUGCUAACACCCCAUGUGAACAAACAGACGACGUCCUCAAAGCCCGACUCAAAACCGUCGGGGUAUCAGAGUACAGAUUCGAGAUGGAAGCGACUGCGGGGAGGGAUAGCGGGACGGAGUGGAGGAUUGUGGAUGUUGGUGGGAGUCGGAGUCAGCGUCCUACGUGGGCGCCCUUUUUUGAUGAUGUGGACGCUAUUAUCUUCUUGGCACCCAUAUCAGGGUUCGACCAAGUCCUUUCUGAGGAUCGGACGGUGAAUAGGCUGGAGGACUCCGUACUUCUCUGGAAAGCCGUCUGCUCAAACAAGCUCCUCGCCAACGUUGAUCUGGUCUUAUUCCUCAAUAAAUGUGAUAUCUUGGACAAGAAGCUCAAGUCAGGAAUCCAAGUGUCAAAGUACAUCCGCAGUUACGGGGACAGGGAGAAUGAUCUGGAUAGCGUUUCCAAAUACCUCCGGAGCAAGUUUAGCGCCAUCCACCGAGAAUACUCACCUAACCCAAGAAAAUUUUAUGCGUUCUGCACGAGCGUGACGGAUACGGCUACUACGGCUGGUAUCAUCGCCAGUGUAUCGAAGGCUAUGCCUAUUGACCAUUAUGUUGGUUCCACUAUUGAACUGAACUACCGUUCGCGACCGCGACUGCGACAUGAACAACCACAUCUCUAUAUAUUGGUGCACCCCCCGAAUAUCGAGUCUUGGACGGACUCGAUCGCUAAUGUAUCAUAA